AUGAUGAAACAAAGCCACGAGGAGCGAACGGCCGCCGAGCCGCGUGCAACGUUUCUCGCCGGUCAAUUCCUCGACGUCUUUUGCCCAGGAAUCUAUAAAGCCGGCGGCUUCACCGUGACCUCGGCACCCAGUCGGGCCCAGCGCUCCAGCUCUACGGGGCCGCCGUACUUGGAGCUGGCGGUGCAGAAAUCGCCAGAGAACCCGGCCGCGGCUUACCUGUGGCAGGGCCGACCCACCAGCAGCAGCAACGGAGACUCCGAAGAUGACGAAGAAGAUGCAGAGGAGACCAGCGCGGGCCAGCAGCACCCCGGCAUUGUCGGCACGCAGCUCCAGGUCCGCAUCGGCGGCAGCUUCGUCUAUCCGCCGUCGGGCAUCGCGUCUACGUCGCAGGCGCUACGGCGUGUGGUUUUUGUCGCGGGCGGCAUGGGCGUUAACCCGCUUGUCAGCAUGGCUGCGCACAUGGCCGAACAGGACCGUGGGGAUGGCGGGCCAGAGGUGCGGUUUCUUUACUCGCUGCGAGCACCGGGUGGUAAGGGCAGGAGGGAAGGGGCGGAUGGUAUGCUGUUUCUCAACAGGCUGGCGGAUCUGUUUGCGAGGGAUUAUCUUCAGGGCAGACUACAGCUCUUCCUAACCCCAGCUACUACGGACGAUAGAGAUGACGGUGGGGAGGGACAAAGCCGGCGGACCUACACAGAUAUGGAUGGAGACGAAGUGGAAGCCGAUGGCGUCGUGUCGUGCAAUGAAGUUGAUGUACCGUUUCAUCAGCGGAGGAUCACCAUGUCGGAUGUGGUUGAGGCCGUUGGCCCGGAGCCCAAGCAAGCAGUGGUCUACGUUUGUGGCGUGCCGACGAUGACGGAUGAGAUGGUCAAGUACCUCACUGAUAAGGAUGCUGGUAUUGGGUUGGAUACAGACAGAGUCAAAUUUGAGAAGUGGUGGUAG